AUGGUCCGAUCGUUAGAAGACUCCUUGAGCCCCCCUCCGCCGUCUCUACAUCAUUCCCCCCUUCUCGGUGACUUGGAUAGAGCCGAGACUCGGGAUUCGACCCCCGUCACCACUCCCCGAGGUUUUGGCCUGCAACCGCGCAGACCGGAUAGGGAAAAGGCAUCAUCGUCCGAUCUUCCCUGGCCUCAACAUCCCCUCGAUCCCGACGCCGGCGCCGACGACUACCACAACAACAACAACGACAACAGUAACAACUACACCUCCUACUUUGAUCCUUCUGCCUUUCCUUCCAGUUUCCAGGAGAUCUUCGAUUAUCCUUACGUCGAACCCUUCACCAUGACGACCGGUGCCGCCCCCAUCGACAUCGCCACUCGUCAGACCUCGGUCUCUCCGCCCGGACAGCAGGCCUCCAACCUCACCUCCGCCUUGCAAAGAGCCAACAAUGGCGAGCGAUCCGGGAGCCUGUCCCAUGCCCACGGUGGGAGUUUGGGUAUGUUCAAGCCUCCCCCGCCUCGCAAGGAUUCCAUCGGCACGGCCACCGCCCAUUGGGGCAACGGAACGAAACCCAUCUCUGUCUCCGGAUCCAGCCGCGAUAAGCAACGACGAGAGUCGUUGGCUGGAAGUUUGGUCGGUGGGAUGAGUUGGGGUGGGAUAUCGGUGGGAAGUUGGAUCCGCGAUGAUAUCAUCAUGACCGGUACUUCGCCCUUUGCGACGUUUCAGUCCCCCUCGUUCCACUCGUCAUCCUACCUACCGAAACUGGAAGCCAACUUCAUGCGCGAUUUCUCCUGCUGUGGCGUGACCCUCCCGACCCUUCACGACCUGCUGCAGCAUUACGAGGAAGCUCACGCCACCAAGUCGUUACAGCCGGGAGGACACCGUCCCAGCCAGGGGGACAACCGCGCGGCCAUCGCGGUGGCCCUCGCACAGCAGCAGAGUCAGCAGAAUGGCAACCAGACCCGUGGAAUGCAACCGGACCGGACGAUCGACAUGCACCGCAAGUUGAAUCAGAACCCGCCCUCGCAGCAACACGCGGAUCUCGACACCAUCGACGACAUGGAGCUUGACGAGGCCAUGGGUGACGCCGAUGCCUCGUCGCAGCUGUUUACCCCGCAGGCGCACGACGGGAAUCAGGACGGGUUCGGAAACGGCAACCAGCGGGUUCCGAACUUGAACCUGUCCAUGCUUCCGAGUCACCAGGGCUUCAAGGGGUCCCAGCCGGGGACGCCGGUGGGCUCGAAUCGCCCUCUGUCGCUGCAGAACAACCCCACCGUCUCGUCGGUUAACACCCCGACUUUAAUGGCGAACCCGUUACAGAACUCGCAAUUCCGCGCCACACCGGACUCGUCCGCCCCCGGCACGCCAGCCGAGAUCGACGAAAGCGUGGUCGGUGGAUUUGGCGAUCUGUCGAUGCAAAACCCCCUGAUGAUGCAGGGCCAGCCCCAGUUCGCUCGGUUCACCAGCAACAACGAUAUGGUCGACCUGUGCAUCGACGAGCCGGCCAAGCGCCUGUUCAGUCCCACGGGCGGCAUGAACUCUCCCAACGUCCACUUCAAGCUCAGCGGGGCCCAGUACGGUGCGAACAGCGAGAUCGCUCGUCGCAUACGCGAACAGCAGUUGCUGGCCGGGGUGCCCGACACCACGGCGUUGCUUCCGAACGAAGAGCCCAAGCCCUUCCGCUGUCCUGUUAUCGGCUGCGAAAAGGCCUACAAGAACCAGAACGGGUUGAAAUACCACAAGGCUCACGGCCACAACAACCAGCAGCUGCACGACAACGCCGAUGGAACCUUUUCGAUCGUCAAUCCCGAGACCUCGGCGCCGUAUCCCGGCACUCUGGGAAUGGAGAAAGAGAAGCCGUACCGCUGCGAAGUGUGCGGCAAGCGCUACAAGAACCUGAACGGUCUCAAAUACCACAAGUCGCACUCGCCGCCGUGUAAUCCCGAAUUCCAGCUCGCCGCGGGUCGCCACCUGUUCGCCGGCGGAGUCAUGCAGGGACAGAACAUCAACGUGGCCGGGGCUGGCCUCCCCGGAAUUGGUGAAGAGGGCCUAUUAUAG